ACCGAAUUUGUUUCUUAAAUUCGUGAUUAUUUAUAUUUUUAUACACUCUAAUUUCCUAAAUAGCGUGCAUUUCCUAUACUAAAAGUUAUAUUACUUAUUAUAUCAUCUCUUAAAUCCAUUACUAUCGGUUGUAAACCGUUAUUUCGCACGAUAAUGUUAAUUGAGUAUGAGUGUUUGUGAUAAGCUUAUCAAUCCGCACCAAGCGUCGCCGGCUCGCGCGGUGAGGACGUGUACACUACGCCCUGUGCCUUAAAUAUAUUACUCUCUUUCUAUAAUAAAAAAGACAAAAUGUCCGGAGAAGGUUCAAGCGGUGGUGGAAACAAGAAGGUGGCUCUUAUCACCGGUAUCACAGGACAGGACGGUUCCUACCUCGCCGAAUUCCUCAUCGAUAAAGGCUACACCGUCCACGGCAUCCUCAGACGCUCUUCUUCUUUCAACACGGGCCGCAUUCAGCACCUCUACGAGAGACCAGCGUGUCACACUGGCGGUCGCAUGCAUUUGCACUACGGGGAUCUUACGGACACUACCUGCUUGAUUAGCAUCAUUGUCAAGACUCGACCAAAAGAGAUCUACAACCUCGGAGCGCAGUCGCACGUAAAAGUGUCUUUUGAACUGAGCGAAUACACGGCGCAGGUGGACGCACUAGGUACCCUACGGCUACUGGAGGCAGUUAGAGCCGCGGGUUUAGAAAAGGAGACGCGAAUCUAUCAAGCCUCGACCUCGGAGCUGUAUGGAAAAGUUGUAGAAGUCCCGCAGUCGGAAAAAACGCCGUUCUACCCACGAUCGCCUUACGCCUGCGCAAAACUCUACGGCUACUGGAUAACGAUAAACUACCGCGAGGCCUACGGCAUGUUCGCCUGCAACGGCCUCCUCUUCAACCACGAGAGUCCGCGGCGAGGCGAGAACUUCGUCACCAGGAAGAUCACCCGCGGCAUCGCGAAGAUUACUUUAGGCCUCAUGGAGUAUAUAGAGCUGGGGAAUUUGGACUGUAAGAGGGAUUGGGGGCAUGCCAAGGAUUAUGUUGAGGCAAUGUGGCUAAUGCUGCAACAAGACGAGCCGGAAGACUUCGUAGUGGCCACAGGAGAGACGCACAGCGUGCGCGAAUUCGUUGAGAAAGCGUUCGCGGUCGUCGGACGGACGGUCGUGUGGCGCGGCGCCGGUGUGGACGAGACCGGACACGACGCCACAACCGACCAGCUGCUGAUCAAAGUGAACCCGAAAUACUUCAGGCCUACUGAAGUGGACUUGCUUCUCGGCGACGCAUCCAAAGCGAAGGCCAAGCUGGGCUGGUCGCCGCGCGUGUCGUUCCCGGAGCUGGUGCGGGACAUGGUGCGCGCCGACCUGGCGCUCAUGGCCGACCACCCGGAGGCGUAGAAAACUGGGCCGUUCAAAGUAUGUGUCCCGGGUAGAUGUUGACUCCAUCGUCUCUCAGCAUCUGAGCUGUGCGGCCUG